GGAUAUGAGGCGAUUCUCUUUAGUGUUUGCCCUGUGUGCUGUCUUUGCUCUACCUCUCCUAGAUUUUAAUUCAUAAAUCCACCAUAAUCACUCCCUUAAAGCUGGACCUGAAUCCCGGAUCUCGUUACUGAUGGAGUAAUGAAUUAAGCCAGGCAGUGUUUUGCAGUCUGCUUUCACUUAACACAAGCCACUUUGCUACUUUCUCCUGCAAUCACUUGUACCCUCGUUCUUGAGAAUCUUCUGCUAGACUGCAAAGCAUCUUUCCAAUCAGCCACCAGUCAAAAUGUCACAGCUUCAGUUCCAGUCUUCUGGCAAUCCUGUGUCCAGCUCUACCCCUGUACAGCUGCCACAGCCUCAACCCGGGUUAAGCAUUCCCUCUCCCACUGGCUCUUUACCUUCAGAGAGUGCCAGUCAUCCACUACGAAACUCUGCCCUGCCUUCUGCUUCUGCCACACCCUUUUGCAACCCCACAGCAACUAACAUGGCAAACCCUAAAGAGAAGACCCCCAUGUGUCUGGUGAAUGAGUUAGCCCGUUAUAAUAAGAUCCAGCCUGAGUACAAGCUACUCAGUGAGCAAGGACCAGCUCAUUCCAAGAUAUUCACAGUGCGGUUAACUCUGGGUGAACAGCACUGGGAUGCAGAGGGCACCAGCAUAAAAAAAGCUCAGCACUCUGCAGCAUCCUCUGCUCUCACCCAGACCACGCUGCCCAAACCCAGCAGCAGAGUCCCUCGCCACCACAGCAGGAACCCAGGUGGGUUCUACAGAGGAUCAGAGUAUAGCAUGACGCACACUGUGGAGCUGAACGCACUUUGUAUGAAGCUGGGGAAAAAACCAAUCUAUAAACUUAUAGACCCAUACCAGGGGAUGAGACCUCCACUGCCCUACAAUGUCAGAGCACCGGGGCCAUAUGCCCGCUCCAUGCAACAGUAUUACUACCCAUUUCCUCCUGUGGCGCCGGUGCUGUAUCAUAUAGAGCUGUCCAUUGGAGGGCAGCAGUUUCAUGGAAAAGGCCGCACUCGCCAGGCUGCUAAACAUGAUGCUGCUGCUAAAGCUGUUAAAUCUUUGCAAAAAGAGCCACUGCUCCAGCAGUUAGCUGAGAUAAAUCAAGAACCUGAAGAAGAAAACCUUAACAAAUCUGAGGUUAGCCAAGUGUUUGAAAUUGCACUGAAGCGGAACAUGCCUGUGAACUUUGAGGUGCUGAAAGAAGCAGGACCCCCUCAUAUGAAGAGCUUCGUGGUCAAAGUGAUUGUAGGAGAGUUCACAGGAGAAGGGGAGGGCAAGAGCAAGAAGAUUGCCAAGAAACUGGCUGCCAUUGCUGUUCUGGAGGAGUUGCGGAAGCUGCCACAGCUGCCUGUAAUAGACAAGAUGCCACCCCGCAUUAAAAAGAAAACCAAGUCUAUUAUAAAGCUGCAGACCAAUCCAGAAUAUGGCCAAGGCAUCAACCCAAUUAGCAGAUUGGCUCAGAUCCAGCAGGCCAAGAAAGAGAAAGAGCCAGAGUACAUCCUUGUGCUGGAGAGAGGACUGCCUCGGCGUAGGGAGUUUGUCAUGCAGGUGUCAGUUGCUGGGCAGACUGCGGAGGGCAUGGGCCCUAAUAAGAAGGUGGCCAAGCGUAACGCUGCUGAGAAGAUGCUGGAACUCCUGGGGUUUAAAGUGCCUCAGCCUCAGCCUUCCAAACCUGCAUUAAAAACUGAUGAGAAGAUCCCUCCAAAAAAACCUGGAGAUGGGCGUAAAGUGACCUUUUUUGAGCCAGGCUCUGGGGAGGAGGGAAGUCUUGUUCCAAAGGAGGAAGACUUCCGUCUGCCCUUUCACAGCCAUCAGCCGCUCCCUGCUGGCAUUUUACCUAUGGUACCUGAGGUUGCACAAGCGGUUGGUGCCAACCAAGGACUUCACAUCAAGGACUAUGGCCGCCCCAACCAGGCUAAAGCCUCAGUUACAGCUACGAUUGCCAAUGAGCUGCUUUAUGCUGGCACGUCCCACACGGCUGAGGGCAUACUGAAGGAAAACAAAAACCUGGCUCAAAGAUCCCACGGACCCUUCACUAGGCCAUCCGAACAGCUUGCCUACCUAGCCACUGCUCAAGGGCUACAGGUGGAGUACACAGAUUUUCCUAAGAACAACAAAAACGAGUUUGUGUCUUUGAUCAACUGCUCAACUCAGCCGCCUCUGAUGAGCCAUGGCAUUGGAAAGGAUAUAGAGUCUUGUCAUGACAUGGCUGCAUUUAACAUCCUGAAGCUGCUCUCAGAGUUGGACCAGCAGUCUGCUGAUCGUCCAGCCAACGGACCAAUUUCUGGGUGUGGAAAACAAGAGCUUGAAGGCGACUUGCUGCUCAAACCGGCUAACUCAAACACCAUGGGAAAAAGUCUGGACGGCACUGUCUAGAGUAUCUGAUUGGUCAUGCCAUUUAGGAAACACUAGAGAAAAGACAGAUGCAGAGUUCAUGUUGAUUUUAAAUCUUUCUAAAGUGUUUCACAGUUAAACAAGAUUUACUGAGAGAUCUCUGCUCCUUGAUGUUGUUUAAUUGUACUCAUAGUUGUUUUUGCUUCAUCAUAUCCAGUAGUGGUUUUGUUUAUUUUUGUUAUUGAUUGCUAAAAAGUGUUUAAGAGUUAUCACUUAAAUGGUGACUUUUUUCUUCUGUUAAAAUGAAGCCUAAUGUUCUAAUGUCAUGCUUGUUUUUUUUUUAAAUGCUGUUUCCGUGAGCACCCAUAGAGAAUGUGGUGGGAUUGUUGUGCUAAAGCUGUAGUAACGUGCACUAUAAAACCGCAUGAGAGGAUAUGAUGAAGCUAACGCAGGAGCUCUCUGUCGUGUUGAUUUUUCUCCAGUGCUUUUAAAGUGGCAACCAUAAAACUAGCAUUAAUUUGCAUUUCCAUGUAGGACCGGGAAGGUGUUUGAUUUAUAGUAGUGUCCUAUAAUCACCUAGCUAUGUGUGUGUGAGGGAAUGUAACAGACCUGUUUGAGUGUCCGAAUGUUCGGUUCAAGCACGACCCAUAACUUUCUCGUAUAGUCAAACUGAUGCACCCUUUCCCUCAGUGUAACCCAACCCAUUUUGCCAGUUUUCCUCAUGGAAUGCAAGUAAAAUGCAUUUUGUGUUCUAAA